AUGGGUGAUUCCAAGACGGCCUCGGCGCCUGUACCCGCGCGGCCAUUUGACGACUAUGGGCCCGGCAGCGUUCAAGUCCAGGAUGCAGAUGAGCUGCGUCUGGCGCAAAUGGGACAUAAACAGGAGCUCAAACGCCAUUUCUCGGUAUGGAGUCUGAUUGGAUUAGCGGCCAAUUGCACCAUUUCCUGGACAGGACUUGGACUGGGGUUGAUCACCUCUAUCAAUGCGGGAGGACCUGGCGCAUUAAUCUACGGAUUCAUCCUGGUCUUCAUCCUGCAGUGUUUCUUGGCCACGUCUUUGGCGGAAUUUGUCUCGGCGUAUCCGGUGGAAGGUGGGAUGUAUCACUGGAUUGCAGCGAUAGCCCCCCAUCGCUAUAGCGAUGUGUUGAGCUUCGCAACCGGCUGGAGCACCGUCUUUGGAUGGAUCUUCACCACGGCUUCGACGAACCUGGUUUACGCAUCCAACUUCAUGGCCCUCGUUGGAUUAUAUAAAACCGAUUUCGUGCUGCAGCCAUGGAUGACGUUCGUGGCAUAUCAAGGGUUCAAUCUUCUUACGUCCGCCAUUGUCAUGUUUGGAAAUAAGUGGAUGCCUGCAAUCAACAAGUUCUCGUUAUGCUAUCUUCAGUUGGCUUGGCUUGCCAUCCUCGUUACUGUGGCGGCGGCGGCCCCAAAACAUAAUGAUACUGAAUUCGUUUUCCGCACCUGGAUCAACGAGACUGGGUGGGAGAAUAAUGUCAUUUGCUUCAUCACCGGCUUGGUAAAUCCGCUGUAUUCUCUAGGUGGCCUAGAUGGGAUCACGCAUAUUACAGAGGAGAUGCCAAACCCUGGAAGGAAUGCUCCGUUGGCUCUGGCUUGCACUCUUGGCAUAGCUUUUGUGACCGGAUUGUCCUAUCUCCUAGCUUUGAUGUUCUCGGUCCAAGACUACACAACUCUUGCCGACUCGCCCACGGGCCUGCCUCUGGCGGAGAUUUUUCGCCAGGCGACCCAGAGCCGAGGAGGUGCUUUUGCGCUUGUUUUUCUCUUGUGGGUGGCGGUGGGCCCGUGUAUGAUUGGUUCGCAGCUGAGCACGGGGCGAAUGUUCUGGGCGUUCGCUAGAGACGGGGGUCUUCCAUUCUCGAGAUUCUGCUCAAAAGUCAGCCCUCGAUAUGGGGUUCCGGUUAACGCCCAGCUAGUUGUCGGCAUCAUCGUCGCUCUUCUGGGAUGCAUUUAUCUGGGCUCUAGCACGGCCUUCAACUCCAUGAUGAGUUCUGCAGUGACGAUCAACAACUUUGCUUAUCUUGUGCCGAUCUUGACCAACGUGCUGCUCCGUCGGCAGACCAUGCACCACGGCCCCUUUGCCUUAAGCUUUGCCAUGGGGAUGACGGUCAAUAUCCUCACGGUGGCCUGGUUGAUUUUUGCCAUCGUGUUCUUUUCGUUCCCUUAUGAGAUGCCUGUGACCGUAUCGAACAUGAACUAUACUUGUGUAUGUGUCGGUGGAUUCUUGUUUCUCGAGCUACUGUGGUGGCUCAUUGCGGGCAAGAAAUACUCGAAGCACAUGCAAAAGGUAAAGGCGCAUGAUAGCGAGACAGCACACACAUCAGUGGUCAUUGCGGCCGAUGAGAAAAGCUAG